AUGACAGGUUUGAUGAAGAAACAUGGCAUCAUUCACAAGGUGGCGAUGGCUUACCAUCCCCAAACAAAUGGCCAAGCCGAUGUGUCUAAUAGAGAGAUCAUGCACAUACUCAAGAAGAUUGUUAAACCUCAUAGAAGGGACUGGAGCUCCAGGCUUGGAGAUGCGCUAUGGGCUUAUCGGACAGCUUACAAGACACCCAUUGGCAUGAGUCUAUUCCGCCUAGUCUACGGAAAGGCUUGUCACCUUCCGGUAGAGGUGAAACACAAAGCUUAUUGGGCUGUGAAGGAAUGCAACUCAGGAUUGGAAGGAGCCAGAAUUGAAAGAAAAUUACAACUAGAGGAAUUGGAGUGCCUUCGCCUAGAGGCGUAUGAAAACUCAAGGCUCUACAAAGAAAAGUUGAAGGCAGUGCACGAUAAGAACAUUAAGAGAAGAGAGUUUAGAGUUGGGGAUCAAGUCCUUCUCUACAACUCAAGGUUGAGAUUAAUGCCGGGCAAACUGAGGUCACGAUGGGAUAGACCUUACAUGGUGGAGAAGGUUAAACCGUAUGGAGUUACGAUGGGAUGGACCUUACAUGGUGGAGAAGGUUGA